ACAUGCAAGUUAUAUACUGAGGAUGUACAGGGAAGUUCCCAACGCUGAACCCCAGAAUUAGACGUUCGCACCAGCCCUGUAGGCCACGUGACACCACCACAGCCUCUCUGUAUGGGGGUCUGCCUCUGUAGCACUUGGCAUGUAGGGGCAGAGCAAAAGGGGCCAGGCUGGCCAGAGCCUGGCUGCUGGGAGAGGAGGGACUUGUGGGCCACACCCACCUGCCUGUCAUUCCCCACUCAUCUAUUAGCCGAAGUCACUCCCCAGAGGCAGAGCUAGCCUGUUGUAGCCGUGUCUGUGUGGAGGGAAAGCUUCUGAGUGGGCAAGCCUACACAGAGCCCCGAGCCCCAAGAGGAGGAAGAGGUGGAGACCAGACGGAACCUCCACAAGUCCAUCAUGGUUACAGCUGGCUUCCCCACAGCACCAAAGACCCACAGCAUGGGCCCUGCUGCCCCCGACCCAGCUCAGCUCCCAUGCCUCACCUUGCCAGGCACUGGAAAGAAAGUUUAUUGAGUACCUACUGGGCCUUCAGAGUGACAGGAAGCUCAAGGUGACAGUGGCUUCAGCAAGAUGGAGCUUUAUUUUUCUGUUUUUUGUGUUGUUGUCGUUGUUGUUUGGAGACAGAGUCUCGCUCUGUCACCCAGGCUGGAGGGCAAUGGCGUGAUGUCGGCUCACUGCAACUUCCACCUCACCAGUUCAAGCCAUUCUCCUGCCUCAGCCUCCCAAGUAGCUGGGAUUACAGGCACCCACCACCACGCCUGGCUAAUAUUUAUUUAUUUAUUUAUUUUGAGAUGGAGUUUCACUCUUGUUGCCCAGGCUGGAGUGCAGUGGUGCAGUCUCAGCUUGCCACAACCUCUGCUGCCCGGGUUCAAGCGAUUCUCCUGCCUCAGCCUCCCGAGUAGCUGGGAUUACAGGUAUGCGCCACCAUGCCCAGCUAAUUCUGUAUUUUUAGUAGAGACUGGGUUUAUCCAUGUUGGUCAGGCUGGUCUUGAACUCCCAACCUCAGGUGAUCCACCUGCCUCGGCCUCCCAAAGUGCUGGGAUUACAGGCGUGAGCCACUGCACCCGGCAAUUUUUAUAUUUUGAGUAGAGACGGGGUUUCACUAUGUUGGCCAGGCUGGUCUCAAACUCCUGACCUCAUGUGAUCUGCCCACCUCAGCCUCCCAAAGUGCUGGGAUUAUAGGCGUGAGCCGCUGGGCACCGCGCCGGGCUGAGCUUUAUUUUUCUUUCAUGUAAAAGUCCAAGUGAGUGGUCCAGGGCUGACAGGGAAUCAGGGACCAGGCUCCUUUCAGUCUGCUCUCUGCUAUAGUGGUCUCUGUUCCCAAAUCUGCCUCAUGGUCCCAGGCGGCUGCACCAGCUUUGGCCAUUGUGUCUUUAUCUCAUUUAAGAGGCAGGAGAGAGGGCAGCUUGCCUGCCACUGCUGCUCUCACUCUGUUGGCCUGAACGAAGUCAUCAGGCGCAUCCGGUGCCGGGAUGUUCAGGAAGGCAGAGUUGCUCUGGGCAGCCAUGCGCCCACUAAAAUUCAGGUGUUUUAUAUCUGAGGAAGAAGGACAGCAGGUAGGCUCUGCCUCAGCUAGAUUCCAAGCCUGGCCCCCAAGAACGAGGGGGAGGUGAGCAGACCACACCCUUAGCAGGACAUCCCAGCACCCUGAGGGUGAGGCCUGGGUGGGAGGGAGAGAAGGGAGAACCUGGAGUUUGCCUGGACUGGCUUUCCAAAAACAGUGACCAGAAAGGGAAGGGAUCUAUGUGACAGCACAUGGGCAAAGGCCAUUGUCAGGCUGGCUUGGGUCCCCUCAAACUCCUGUCCCCCAGGUCCUCUGCAUGUCUCUGUAUUUGAAGACAGGGGCUUUCCAGAGGUCAUUAAGGUAAAAUGAGGUCAUUGGGGUGUCCUCAUAAGAAGAGGAAAUUAGGACACAGACACACAGAGGGACGGCCACGUGAGGACACGGAGAAGACAGCAUCUGCAAGCCAAGGAGGGGGGCCUCAGGAGACACCAGCCCUGCUGACCCGUGCGUGAUCUCAGCCCCCCAGCCUCCAGGCUGCUCUUCACAUCUUCCAGUCAGUGGCGCCUUGUCUUUUUGUUUUUUUGUUUUUUGUUUUUUUGAGAUGGCGUCUUACUCUGUCAUGCAGGCUGGAGUGCAGUGACGCGAUCUCAGCUCACUGCAACCUCCACCUCCUGGAUUCAAGCAAUUCUUCUGCCUCGGCUUCCCAAGUAGCUGGGAUUACAGGCGCCCACCACCACACUGGGCUAAUUUUUGUAUUUUUAGUAGAAACGGGGUUUCACCAUGUUGACCAGACUGGUCUGGAACUCCUGACCUCAGGUGACCCAUCCACCUCAGCCUCCCAAAGUGCUGGGAUUACAGGCGUGAGCCUCCAUACCUGGCCAGUGGCACCUUGUUAUGGCCGCCUGAGCCUACUAAGGCAAGGCUGGAAAAAAGUACCCCAUCUUGUGUGUACCCCAUCUCGUGCAUACCCCACAGAGUUCCAGGCUGCCUGGUGCUCCAGGCACUCCCCUCUAAGGGAAGGGUGGAGGGGGUGCAGAGAUGGAGAACGUACCCCUUCUGGAGUGACACAUGAACCCAAGACCCAGUAAUUCCCAAAGGAAAGUGGGGGUGAAGCAGAGUGGGCUCCAGACAGCACAGAGAGGUCAGGGACAGAAGUCAGAAGAGAUAAGGCGGGGGUGUCCCAAGAGCCAGGUUACCCAGGGCAUGGAGUUUGGACUUGGGGCUGGAGGUGGGGGGUGCAGAGGGAGGUCCCGUAAGGCAGUAUCAGAAUAGUUUUCGGAGGCUCGUCCUGCUGCUUUGUGGAGGAUGGCUUGGGGCAUGGGGGUGGCCAGGGAGGGAACCCAGUGCAGGUGUGAGCUGCCAGUGCUGCAGACCCAUCACAAACCUCCCCUCAAAGCACAUCCGCCCGGCAGAGCUCCUAAGCCUCGAGCAGCUGCCAGGAGACUCAUUUCAAUUAGGACACAUGUCUGGAGGCCACCCCAAGGUGGCUGGGGGCAGAGUGGGGCAGGAGGCCCUGCAAUUCCAGGGUUGCCCAGGCACUGAGAAUCCUGGCUCUCAUCAUAAUGGGCUGAGGUUCUGGGGACAAUCUGAGUGGUGGCUCUGAGCAAGCUGAGCCCAGGGAGGCUUUGAGGUACAAAGGGUCCCUCGGGGGGCCUGAGAGCAGCCAUGAGGAGGCACAGUGAGACAGAUGUGGAAGAGCAGACCCAGGAGCUGAAGACCAUCACUCAGCUCCAGGAGCAGUGUCGGGCACUCCAGAUCCAAGGGGUGAAAGAGAAUACGGACCAGAACAAGGCCACGCUGGCCCUCCUGCGCAGCAACAUCCGCCGCGGGGCCCAGGACUGGGCUUUGGCCAAGAAGUAUGACCAGUGGACCAUCUCCAAGGCCUGCGGGAAAAACUUGCCUUUGCGACUGGCGCACUGCCGCAGCACCAUGGAGGUGGUGCGGGAGAAGCUGCGCAAGUGCGUCUUCGACCGCGUGAACAUGCACAACCUACUGAUCCACCUGGUGCGGCGGCGCGGGCAGAAGCUGGAGAGCAUGCAGCUGGAGCUGGCCAGCCUGCGGAGCCAGCCCGACGCCAGCAAGGAGGAGCUGCGGCUGCUGCAGAUCAUCCGCCAGCUGGAGAACAACAUCGAGAAGACAAUGAUCAAGAUCAUCACCAGCCAGAACAUCCACCUGCUGUAUUUGGACCUGCUGGAUUAUCUGAAGACAGUGCUGGCAGGAUACCCCAUCGAGCUGGACAAGCUGCAGAACCUCGUGGUCAACUACUGCUCAGAGCUGUCGGAUAUGAAGAUCAUGUCCCAAGAUGCCAUGAUGAUCACAGAUGAGGUCAAGAGGAACAUGAGGCAAAGGGAGGCGUCCUUCAUCGAGGAGCGCCGGGCAAGGGAGAACUGGCUCAACCAGCAGAAGAAGCUGAUUGACAAGAUCCACACGAAGGAGACCAGCGAGAAGUACCGCCGGGGCCAGAUGGACUUGGACUUCCCCUCGAACCUGAUGAGCACGGAGACCCUGAAAUUGAGGAGAAAAGAGACCUCCACAGCAGAAAUGGAAUACCAGGCGGGCGUCACUGCUGUGGUGGAGAAGGUCAAGAGUGCUGUAAGGUGCUCUCACGUCUGGGACAUCGCUAGCCGCUUCCUGGCCCAGAGGAACACGGAGGAGAACCUGGAGCUGCAGAUGGAGGACUGUGAGGAGCGGCGGGUGCAGCUGAAGGCCCUGGUGAAGCAGCUGGAGCUGGAGGAGGCCGUGCUCAAGUUCCGCCAGAAGCCUAGCUCCAUCAGCUCCAAGUCCAUUGAGAAGAUGACAGACAUGCUAAAAGAGGAAGAAGAGAGGCUCCAGCUGGCGCACAGCAACAUGACCAAGGGCCAGGAGCUGCUGCUGACCAUCCAGAUGGGCAUCGACAACCUCUAUGUCCGGCUGAUGGGCAUUACCUUGCCUGCGACCCAGAGAGAAGUGGUGCUCUCCGACACCCUCGAUUUGAACAGCAAGCUGGCGUACUGCGAGGGGAAGCUCACGUACCUGGCUGACAGAGUGCAGAUGGUGUCCAGGACCGAGGAGGGCGACACAAAGGUGAGGGACACUCUGGAGUCCUCGACUCUGAUGGAGAAGUACAACACCAGGAUCAGCUUUGAGGACCGGGAGGAGGAUAUGAUCGACACCUUCCAGUUCGCCGACAUGGACCACAGCUACGUCCCUUCGCGCGCCGAGAUCAAGAGGCAGGCGCAGCGGCUAAUCGAGGGGAAGCUCAAGGCGGCCAAGAAAAAGAAGUAGCCCUGCCGCCCCGCUCCCUGCUUUGCUACACAAAUAAACAUUUAUCCAAGA